UGACAGAAGGGACGUGUCCAUCUGGGGAGCACCAGAGCGGAAAAUGGCGCAUCCUACGCCCUACCUUCCUGAGGGAGUGCUGGAGAAGCUUGGGGAGAUCACCAUCGCUGGCAAGACGUUGGUGACCAAGGAUGCAACGCUCACGCCGCUGGGUGUUGGCGCGUACUGGGCGCUGGCCGGCUUCCUGCUGUUCACGCUCGCCUACAAGCUGUCCAAGUACUACACCCCCCUGUACUUCAAGGGCUACAAGACCAUGAAGCCGCUGGAGCAGCGCGACUGGGACACGCGCCUGGGCAACAUCGCCUACUCCGCCUACAUCGUGUACUGGGCGGUGCGGCUGCUGGUGCUGGACGACUACUUCUGGAGGGCCGGCGGCGGCCCCAUCACCAAGCGUGUGUCGACUGACUCGUACGCGGCUCUGGGCGUGAGCCUGGGCUUCUUCGCCAUGGAGCUGCUGCCCACACUCAAGUACUGGAUGGGCGGCAGUGCCAUGGUGCUGCACCACAUCGGCUCGCUCACCUGCGUGGCGGUGGCGGCGGCGGCGGGGGACGGCCACGCGCUGACGCUGUGGAUGCUGUCCACCGAGUUCACCACGCCCUUCAUCGCGGCCCGAUACAUGCUGGACAAGGCGGGCCUCAAGUCCCACCCCAUCUACGUGGUGAACGGGCUGCUCAUCGUGGCCAGCUGGACGGUGGCGCGCAUGGCCACCUUCCUGCCCUUCUUCAAGACGGCCUGGGACGUGCGCGCGCAGGUGCCGCUGAUGAACCCGCUCAGCCAGGUCCUGCUGCUGGUGUUCCCUGCCACGCUGGCGGUGCUCAACACCUGGUGGUACUACAAGAUCGUCAAGGGCGCACUCAAGGUGCUGGGGCCCAAGAAGAAGCCAGUGGGCAAGACGCAGUAAAGCCAGCAGCCAAGACUCAGAGCAAUGCGACUGCGUGAAGGCCCCGGGGCGGCUGAGGGGCGUUGUGGAGGGACAGAGAGGGGCGCAGUGCUGCGGGCGGCCCAGCCGCGUGGCCAGCCGGGGGGGCGGCGGCGGAGUGCUUGCGGCCGGGCUAGGGGGGAGGCGGGCGUGUGCAGCCGGGUGCGACCAGGGGCUGAGGGCCUCGUGCCUGUGGGCGUGUGUGCGGCUAGGGGAGUGCUGGUGGCGGUGGGGCGGCACACACAAACACACACGUCUGUGCGUGCAGGGGGGGGGUUAUGUGUGGCCCGAGCCUAGUAGGUCCCAAUAGUCGAGGAAUCGGGGAGGGACGGGGCUUGGAGGGGAGCAGGGCGGGAAUCCCGGGAUAUCCCCGGUCUGUGUGUUUUGCAUCUUAGUGCAUGAAGCGGCACAGGGCGCUUGUGGGCAGAGCUGGACGGCGACAUCUACGAGCCGCUGCGGGGCAUGCCCUGCACGUACCGCAGCUGGUGGACGCCUUGCAGGCCAUAAGGCCGCUGGCCGCUGGUGAGGGGGGCGUGGCGAGGAUGUGCUGGAACACGCGAGCGUUAACGCCUGGUUGUGUGCGUGCGUGCUGGGGAUGCACGAGGCCGAGGCCGCGCAGCGAGCGCAUGUGAGUAACACCCCUCUAUAGCUCAGCCAAUUCCUGGCGAGGAGUGUUGAGUGCACUCAAGUAGCGCUGUGCGUAUGCCCGUGUGAUGCUGAACGCCCAGCGAAGAAGGUGGGCCACACGAGCGUGCAAAGGACGUGCGGCGGUGGGCUUGGGGGCGGGGAUUGGACUGCUGCCCCUACUGCUGAGGCGUACAGGCCAGUAGGGUGUAAGUUGUCACAGUGAGCUCAGUGUCGUGCUCGUGCAGGUUGGGCGUGCUGAAGCCCAGGAGUCUGAGGGGCACACGGCAGCGAAAACAGGAGACUUGCGUGGCAGGCAUGCCGCAUGCGACAGUUGCACCCCAAAUUCAA